AUGGAGGAGCGUCAAUGGCUAGUCGCCACCUGCACGAAGAGUCAAGGCUGGGACCGAAUUGAGGCUGUCUUAAGUGGAUCUUCAUUCGAGCCUUCAAGUCGCUGCUGCUGCUGCAACUACAACCUGCACAUGGCAGGCCUCCCGGGAGCGGAGACUGAAAUGACAGGCCUAUCUCGGGGCCCCGCAACUGGGCAUCAGGUGCUGGACGGUGUUGCGGACUCCAGCCGAUCGGCUAGCCAUGCUGCAGACGAGGCUGAGUAA